CUUUGAUCAAGGAUUUGUUCAACCACGGCUUGACACACGCCGAAAUUUCACGCACGUUGCAGCAGAUGGGUAUCCUGCAAUGCUCGGAAAUGAGCGUCAGAAGAUUCUGUGCUCGGCAUGAUCUGAGAAGAAAAAGACAUAUGUCAGACGCAGAGCUGGAGAGCGCUUUAAUCCAGUCAUGAGACGGGACCAUCAUAUGGCCGGAAGUUCAUGACCGGCAACACUGGGGCUACACGCGGGAGAAUGUCGGGUUGGAAGAACCCUAAGAGAGCUCCACCAGCCAUACCAUGAAUUCCGGCGUCAGGUGAUGCUUUUGCUUUAAAAAGUGCUAAUUAAGCAGAAAUAUGAUAACCCCGUGGAUACCUCUCACGUAUGGGACUAAAUUAACAACUGACAAAACGGACCUACAACAUUACUCCUGAAAUUGUUAUAGUGAUUGUGUCAAUUAUUUCUUUUUUCCCCCCAGGGUGCUCGUAAUUUAAAUCCAACUCCCUACUAUGCUGAAUAUGUGGGUCAUAAACUUCACUUAGACCAAAGUGAAACGCUUAGAAUGUUUGGUGUUACUCAUGUUUUGGCUGUUGAUGGCUACAGCAGCAAAAUUGUAGGACAUUCGACCAUGCCAGUGAAAAACAACCUUGUGAUUUAUGAGGAUGUAUACAGAUCUGCAGUCAUGAACCAUGGCAUGUGGGACCAACUCCGGGUUGAUCACGGCAAGGAGUUUUACCUGUGUCUUUACAUGCAGGAGAGGCUGUCAAGAUACAGACACAAUGUCAGCAGGCCACCAUACCUCCAAACCACAUCAACAAGGAACCUUCGAGUGGAGAGGUUGUGGCCGGAGGUGAACAAUCGUGUGAACUAUCCACUAAAACGGGUGCUGGUGCAGCUGCUGGACCAAGAGUUUGUGAACAUGGAAGGCAGCCUCACCAGAUUCUGCAUCUCAAAUCUGACAUGUCAAGUAAGUCAAAUUGGACUUGGCAGAGUGGUGAGUUCGUGGAAUGCACACAAGAUCCCAGGUCGUGGAAUACCUAAUGAAUUGGCAGCAGGUGGCUGCCCAGCUAAAGUCUCAGAGGAGCUGCUGCCAUGUGCUUCUGUUGUGGCAAAUUUCUACAACCUGAUCCACAGUGUGGAUUUCCUGGACCAGAGUCUUCUCAUGUCUGGUCCUGAUGCUUCACUUGUGUUGUUGUGGAGUCAGAAAGCAGGAUCAGUCUGA